CAAGUCAUGUCAGUAUCACUGUCUUACUUUUGUCAUACCAAGCCCAAAACAAAUGCUUUUGUUGAUCUUUUCAUAUUUAUGAAUUAGUCAUGUAAAGUCAAUACCAUACCGUGUCUUGUUUUUUUCUUCACAUAAUCUUUACAUUUUCCAAAACAAGUAUAACAUUUUAUUUUUCUAGUUAAUUAGCUCACAGUUUUCCUUAAUUUUCCCGGAAAAGAAUUCAUUUCAAAUUUAACCACAUUUUCUUUUCUUUUUCAUUGAAAGAUCACACAUUCACACGGUGUCACAAGUUCUGUUUGUUUCUCGAGAAAAAACCUCAAUGUUUGUCUGAAAGUGGAAAGAUCCACAUUUAUGAUUUCUAGUUAGUUUCUAUAAAGGUUAGUUCUUUUGUUUGUUUUCAAGAUCUCUAAUUAUUAUUAAGAAAUGUUUAUAUUUUAGUAUAAAACAAAAAUGGCUGAAGAAGGACCCUCAAAAGUUCGUUUAGUUCGUUGCCCAAAGUGUGAAAAUCUCUUACCAGAACUUCCUAACUACUCUGUCUAUGAGUGUGGCGGCUGUGGUACUCUUCUCCGAGCAAAGAAGAAAAUGGAUGUAAAUGGAGAGGUUUUUGAGAAAUUGGAGACUUUGUCUGAGAGAGAAGAUGGUGGUAGUGAAUUAGAUUUUGCAUUUGAGAAAAUUGAGAGAGAAAAAAGAGAUGGAGGUUUUCUGGAUAAGGGAAAAGAUAGAGUCUUUAGAGAAAGAAAUUUCAAUUCGGGUUUAAAUCGCAAAGAGACUUCAAUUCACAGUAGCAAUAAUAGAAUUUUGAAUGAGCAGUUUGGGGGUUAUAAUGACAGAUAUAAGGAAAUGGAUAUGAUUAGAUCUGAAUCGGUUAUUUCGAGUAGAGGAAACGAUAUGGGAAAAGUUUUACCCCAAUUUAGGGGUUCCGUUGGGUUGUCGAGGCCCAGGGCUUUCGAUAGAGAUGGCGUAGGGGAACCUCAUAGAAAUCCGGGCAACGAUCGAAGCAGAGUUUUGCAUUUUGAUUCUUAUCUUGAUGAGGGACCUUCAAACUAUAAUUACAUGAAAUCGUCCGCUUAUGGGCAUGGUCAGUUGUUGAAGGAUUUUGAUGAUCUCGAUGGGGCCAGCAGAUUUGCACAGUUAGAGCAGGAUCGAGUUGAGCUGCUUAGGAAGUUGGACCAGUUAAAGGAGCAAAUUUCUAGAAGCGGCUCUGUGGCUGAGAACAGAAGGGAUACGGCACAAGUUGGUGUUAAAAUGUCUCAAGACGAUGUUUAUAACAAUGAUCGUGUUCCUUAUGAUGUAUCUAUGAAACCGUUGGGAUCAAAUGAGCAUGUCUCAAGACCAAACUAUUUCAAGCAAAAUGGUUAUGAGCGUGUAGUCGGCACAAGUAGUCGAGAUAAAGAAAUGCAGAACUUUUACUCUCUUCCAAAGCAUAAUGCAAAUCAAUUUCCGGUUUACAGGUAUCCCAGUCAACCUCAUGGUCACUACUCAUCGCAGCCACCUCAUGACUAUAAUAUGGAGAGACACUUGAAUUUUGAUCAAGAAUAUCGUGCAUCUUAUCCUCAUCGAACAUUGUAUCAUGAACCUGGUUGUGCGUGUUAUCAGUGCUACAACAAGAAGUGGCACGUUCCUUCACAAGUUCCGGCCACCAUUUCACAAAACAAUCGUUUUCUUGAAGAACCAGUUAAUUUCAACUUUGGCAACCAUGUCAAUCCCAUGAGAUUUGGAAUUCAGAAUGGCAAUCGUCCUGGAUUGCAUUCACGAGAUCCUAAGUUACAUGCUACACGUGACAUGGAUUCAGAUAUGGAUGAUAUUCGCAAGAAUCGUCCAAGGAGGAUGACGGUAGUCCAUGGAAAUAGGCGCAUUUGUCAUCCUAUUGCCGGUGGUGCCCCAUUUAUAGCAUGCUGUAGCUGUUUUGAGUUACUAAAACUGCCGAGGAAGCUUAAUGCCAGGGCAAAGAAUCCACAAAAACUUCAAUGUGGUGCCUGCUCAAUUGUAUUCUUGAUUGAAAUUUGCAACAAGAAGCUAAUUAUCUCAAUUCCUGUGGAGGACAAGCAAAAAUUGGCUGCAGAAGAAGUUCUGUUGAGCCCUGAAAGAGCGAAUCACUCGGUUGAAUUCAAUAAUCGUGAUUACGACUUCCAGUCAGUAGAUCUCAGAGGAAAUUUACUGCCAGAAGACCCGAGUCUGAACUCAAAUUAUGCUACAACAAGGCACGGCCUUACUUCUCUAUCUUCUUCUUCGUCUGAGGAAGGGAAGAUUUUUGAUAGUAUGAUUGUUCAAAGAGAUGAAUCUGUCUUCACCGAACUGCCUACGAAAGAUACUAAAUCUCCAACAGUUCCAAAUUUCAGUUCCCCUAAGAACUCAGAUGGCGUCCCAUCUAAUCGCAAAAUAAAGCGAAAUGAGGAAGGAAACAAGAGCAAUAGAGCAGACAAACAGAAGUUUACACUUGACCCGAGCACUCCACAGAAGUCGGUCAGUGAUAUAUCAUCAGAAACUGAAGUGGAAGUUUCUGUGAAAGAAUUUCCAAAUACUACUACAUCUCAAGACUCUUGGGAGGUGAGUAAAGAACAUAACCAGCCAAGGACCAACAAAGGAAGUGAAUCAUUCUUGGCUGGUCUCCUCAAGAAGAGCUUUAAGGAUUUUUCAAGAUCUAAUCAGCUCAGUGAAGAUGAAAAGGCUUAUGUGUUUGUUAAUGGGAUACAUAUUCCAGACAGUAUGGUGAAAAAGGCUGAAAAACUAGCUGGUCCGAUUCAUCCUGGAGAUUACUGGUAUGAUUCUCAAGCAGGAUUUUGGGGUGUGAGGGGACAAUCUUGCAUGGGUAUAAUUCCUCCUUGCAUUAAGGAGUUCAACUAUCCAAUGUCAGAAAAUUGUUCUUCCGGAGACACACGGAUCUUCGUCAAUGGGAGAGAGCUUCCUCAAAAUGACCUGGAUCUGCUUGCAAGCAGAGGAUUGCCAAUCACAAAAUACAAGUUUUACAUCGUCGAAAUUUCAGGAAGAGUUGUUGAAAAAGACUCUGGUAAAGAGCUUAAAAGUCUCGGCAAACUUGCCCCAACAGUGGAGAAGAUGCAGAGAGGCUUCGGGAUGAAGGUUCCAAGAAAGCUCCAAUGAUAGAAUCUGUAACAUUUUUUGUCUAAUAAUAUGGUUUGGAUGUAAUUAUUACGAACCAUAUCAUGCAAUUGAGCUACUAUAAAGUUUAAAUAUUUGUCACCCACCAAGCUUAUAAUUGGAUAAUAAUAUAACUAUACUCUUAAGGGUUGACUUUUAAGCAAUCCAUAAUUAUUUGUAAUAAUUGUGUAUCUAUUAUUUUUGUAAAUUACAUAACUUUCUAUAGUUGAUCAA